UAAUAUCUCUCUUCCUUCCUUCAAGCCAGCUGGGCUCCAUUCUUCUUUUCAACAAUUCUCCUAUUUACCUACAUCAAUUUUCUACCAUUUAGUAGCACAAAAUCUCUGGUAGAUUUUAAAGCUCAUAUGGUUAUUACAAUGGGCUCCAUGUUAUCUUUAUUCAUAGCAAUUGUCGCGUCUUGUUACGAAAUACCUGACAUCGGGUUUCCUCAGCGCUACAUCUAAAAUCCCAACACCUCUCCUCCCUCACCCUCACUUACUAUAUCUUCCCCCAAUUUACAUAGACACAUUUUACAAUGUAUCAGAUACUCGUAUGCGCGUUCCUUAUCCUCGGCGGUUAUUUCCAUUAUAUGUGGAAGGCCGAGGGAGCCCUUCACGAGCCAUGGGUCCCCGACGUCGGUGACCGACUUUUUAGCGAGCGACCUCUGCCCCCGUUUAAGGAGACGUCUAGCAUAUCAACCUACACACUCCCCUUACGGACACAGGGUCGCGAUGUAGUUGAUGCUACGGGUCGGCGAUAUAAGCUCGCUAGCGUCAAUUGGUACGGAGCCAGCGACGAGCUAUUCAUCCCCGGCGGUCUCGAAGUACAGCACCGUUCCGUCAUCGCAGCUACAAUCCGCAUGCUAGGUUUCAAUAGCGUGCGGCUACCCUACUCAGACGAACUAGUCGUCCGCAACCCGACUAUCCUCCCACACCUCCUCACCGCGAACCCGGACCUCAUCGGGCGCCGCGCCCUCGAUGUUCUCCACGCUGUCGUCGAAGCUCUAACCGAUUCCGGCAUCGCUGUUAUAAUCAAUAACCAUAUCACGACGGCGACAUGGUGCUGCGGCGCCGACCCCUGCGACGCCGGAUGGGCAAACGAUCAUCUCGGGCCCUUGUGCAAGAUCUCGCAGACUGAGGAGGAGUGGAUACAGCAUUGGGAGACGGUCAUGGAUCGCUUCACGGAUAAUCCUAGGGUUAUUGGUGCGGACUUGAGGAAUGAGGUGCGUGGCGUCUGGGGCACGAUGUCAUGGGAUCGUUGGGCGACUGCGGCCGAGAAGUGUGGGAAUAGAUUGCUCAAGAUGAAUAGCAAUUGGUUGAUUAUUGUUGGUGGGACUGAGUCUGGGAAUGAUCUAUCGAAAGUUAGGGAGCGACCGGUGAUAUUGGAUGUACCGGAUCGGGUGGUGUACUCUGCGCAUGUAUAUGCGUGGAGUGGAUGGGGUAGUCGUGAGGGUCGGUACGCGAAGCGAAGCUAUGCUUCAUUUGCGCAGGCUAUGCGCAAUAACUGGGCGUACCUAGUUGAAGGCGGGGAAGCUCCCGUCUGGGUAGGCGAGUUCGGAGCGCCUCGGGAUCCGGGUCAAGGCGAUGCGAAUUAUUGGAAGAAUUUACUACGAUAUCUCAAGCGCAUCGAUGCAGACUUUGGGUACUGGGCUAUUAACCCGAGAAAGCCGAAGGAUAAUGCACUAGAAACAUAUUCUUUGGUUAGGGAUGAUUGGAUCACGCCGAUUCUGGAUUAUCGCAUGCGCGACAUGACGGAGCUUAUCGCUGGAGAGGGCGAUGGUGAUGAUGAAUAUGAUUAUGGGGAUGAGAAUAGAGACGGAACAUCCAACGGUGAUACGAAUAAGAAUAGGGACAACAAAGUCAAAGACUUAUAGGAGGAUUACUCAACGAAAGAAUAGCAAGCGAUUUUGAGUUUUCUGUUUUCGAGUCGAUUAGAGCAUACGGAUUCGCCGCGCUGGAAAUACCACUGGGAAGGAAGGGGAACAUAGAGUCCCUACAUAUAAACACAUCUAUAUAUGGGACGGUAUCAUCAUUAUCAUUACAGGUGUGGGUAUUUGCAUAUCGUUGUCACGGCUAUAGCUGCUGUACGAUCGUCGAGUCGGUUUCUAGAUUGAUGGGUUGUGGGCAGGUUACCACGGGUCGGACGGAUGUCUACAUACAUACAAAUUGCAUCUCUGGCAAGGAACCCUUUGGAUUAACUGGACGAUGGGUUCCAGCCCUUAACCCUGAUAGAAGAGGUUGACUGCCUGAUGUUAGGUUAUCAAACGAAUGGGGUUAGUCCGCUGUUUAUAAGUAAAUUAAUACUUAAAAUGUGUAGACUAUUUUUUUUUAAUUAAAUGAAUCUGAUGGUAAAA